AUGCUUAGGAUUCGGCUCAGCAGGAUCGGCAAAAAAAAGAAGCCGUCAUACAGGAUCGUGGUCGCAGAGGCCAAGGCCCCCCGAGACGGGUCUUACAUAGAAUGGAUCGGGACCUACGAUCCCAUGCAGAAUCCUCCUGCCAUCAACAUCAACCUUGAUCGCGCCCAGUACUGGCUCGGGCAUGGAGCACAGCCCUCCGAUCCGGUAAAGCGUAUCAUCGAAAAGGGUAACGGUCUGGCCGCUGUUGGUGCUUCCGCCGCCGGUGAGGAUUCCGCCGCUGCCGAAGAACCUUCUGAGGAAUCCGAGGCGUGA